UCCGUCGGGCUGGGCGGCCUGAGAGGCAGAGCGCGAGCCACAUGCGAGCUGGGCGCCUGGAGAGAGAGAGGGAGGAGAGAGGCCAGGGGGAGCUCGGCGGCGGGGAGCACGACACGGACGCGCCCGAGGCCCGAGCAUCCUCCUCACCAUCACCACCAUCACCGUCUUCAGCAGCAGCAGCAACAGCAGCAACAGCCGUCACUGCAAGUUAGAGCCGCAGCAGCCGCAGCCGCAGCGAGCGGCGCUCGGCGGGCCCGUCCUCCGCCGGGAAGCCGCCCGCUCCCGGGCCAUCACCGCCCUUCUCCGGCUUGUUCAUGCCCCCGGGGCCCCAGGGAGCGCCAUGGCCCGCGCACGACAGGAGGGCAGUUCUCCGGAGCCCGUAGAGGGCUUGGCCCGCGACGGCCCGCGCCCCUUCCCACUCGGCCGCCUGGUCCCCUCGGCUGUGUCCUGCGGCCUCUGCGAGCCCGGCCUGCCCGCCGCCCCCGCCGUCCCCGCCUUGCUGCCCGCAGCCUACCUCUGCGCCCCGACCGCCCCGACCGCCGUCACCGCCACCCUGGGGGGCUCCCGCUGGCCUGGGGGUCCCCGCAGCCGGCCCCGAGGCCCGCGCCCUGACGGUCCCGAUCUCUCGCUGUCCCCGGCCGAGCAGCACCUCGAGUCGCCCGUGCCCAGCGCCCCGGAGGCCCUGGAGGGCGGUCCCACCCAGGCGGCCCCGGGAGUGCGCGGGGAGGAGGAGCAGUGGGCCCGGGAGAUCGGGGCCCAGCUGCGGCGGAUGGCGGACGACCUGAACGCGCAGUACGAGCGGCGGAGGCAAGAAGAGCAGCAGCGACAUCGCCCCUCGCCCUGGAGGGUCGUGUACAAUCUCUUCAUGGGGCUCCUCCCCUUACCCAGGGGCCCUGGAGCCCCAGAGAUGGAGCCCAAUUAAGGUGCCUGCACCCGCCCGGUGGACGUCGGGGACUUGGGGGGCAGGACCCCCUCACUUUCUGAUGCCCUGGCCAGCGCGGGGGGACGUUUUCUGCACCAUGUAGCAUACUGGACUGUGAACCCUGCUUGUCCCAGGGGCAAGGCCAGGGGAGCUACUCCAGCCCCAGGAAGCCUGGGUGCAUUAAUGGAGAUACGGACUUGGGGGACCCUGGCCCCCCGGAAGCCAGGGGAGGGAGGGCUGAUGAACUCAAAGGUGACCGAGGGGGUGGGAACCGAGCCGCCCGCCUCUGCUGCCCACCACCAUCUCAGGAAAGGCUGCUGAUGCUGGCUGCCUAUUCCAGCUGCAGGUGGGACGCUGGGGGUGUCCCCAGCGCACCUUGACUUUGGGUCUGGCCUCAGGCCCCUGGUGCUUCCCCCCCUCCUCCUGGGGAGGGGGACCCCCGUGAAGAGCAUAUGAGCCAAACCUGACCACUAGCCUCCUGGAGCCAGAGAAUGGGGGGGUGGGGGCAUGUGACAGCCUCCCCAACCCAGAGCCCAGCCAUCUUCCCUGAGCCGCCGGUGGGCGGUUGGACAUGCCUGCCUCACCUUCAUUGGGGGGGUGGCCAGGAGGGGCCCAGACUGUGAAUCCUGCGCUCUCCCCAGGACCACCCCCCAGUCGUCCCCAUCCAUCCCAUUGCAUAGGUUUAGAGAGCACGUGUGACCACUGGCGUUCAUUUGGGGGGUGGGAGGCUUGGCAAAAGCAUCCCCAGCCUUAGUCCCCGGGCGAAGCGCUGGGGGGAAGACGGGAGUCAGGGAGGGGGGGAGUCUCAAGAGGGAGGAGUCUGGGAGCGGGGAGGGACGGCCCAGCCUGUAAAAUACUGUACAUGCGCUGCUGUAGAUACCGGAAUGAAUUUUCUGUACAUGUUUGGUUAAUUUCUUUUGUACAUGAUUUUUGUAUGUUUCCUUUUCAAUAAAAUCAGAUUGGAACAGUG